AUGUCUAACCAAAAUCAAAGAAAACCCGUUGCGAAUUACGCAUACCGUCAGCAGCAAGACUAUAAUGGGAUGAACGCCAUGGUGGGAAAUCCGAUUAUAUAUCAUCCUGUAGACUUCAUCAACGGUGCAGGUCAAUAUGGACCCUCUCAACAUCCAGCCUAUUACUCCAACUCACCAUUGCCUAAUAUACCACCGACGCCUUUCGAUACCGCGUAUGGUGCUAGUCUUUUGCCAUCUCACUUGCUAAUGGGAUCGCCGUUUGUUUCAUCGCCUAAUAUGCAAGGUGGCUAUAGUCCUGCAAGAUCAUCUAAUUUUAAGAGGAAGGCUUAUUCGAGGCCCGUUUCUAAUCACAACAAUUACAACGGCAACAACAAUAGUAACCAAAAUAACAAUAAUAAUGGAAUGGUCACUCCUUCAAACUAUUAUAGAAUAGAGAGAAAUUCUUUCUCCAGAAAUAACAACAGUACGAGAAAUUCCACUCACAACAAUAAGGGGUGCGACAACAGGAACAGCAGUGGAAGAAGAACAUCCACAAGGAACAACAUUUUUGACGACAUAAGUUCAGAAUUACUUUUACAAAGACCAUUUCGUAUUAAUUACAAGAUUCUACCGACUGGUGAUGAUGCUUAUAGAACUAGGUCUCUGCUUAUUGAAAAUGUGGAUCGCUCUACUGAUUUGCACUCUAUAGUAAAGAACUUCGUCAAAUCCAAUACUUUAGAAAGUACCUAUAUAAUUGGCAACGAAAAAAGUGAUGAUUUGAAAGAUGAACAGACAAGCAACCUCUCCAUUUUGAUAAGCUUCCUGACUAGAAGCGACUGCUUGAAUUUUUACAAUAAUAUUCUACAAAGGUUGUCCGAGUUCAAAACAUUUUUGAAAUCUGAAUCACUUAAUUUGAAAUUUGUCUGCCUGAACUAUGAUUUUAAAUGUCUCUCUACAUUUAUUGAAGAUGACGCAUUAACGGAAAAUGUUGAGCAAAUUGAUAUCACUAAUGACUCGUCAAUGAUAAGCGCCUCUCUGCACCAUGAUUUAGAGAACAAGGAUGCUACAAGAUCAAUUAUAGUCGAAUUUAAAAGCCCCUUAAAAAGUACCGAACUAUUCAACAAGAAACUGCAAUUCCUAGACAGAUCAAAUAAUAAGAGGUAUAUUUUAGAAUCUAUUGAUAUAGUCAACACAGAUGUACCUUCAAAUCAAUUUCCUGAAAACUAUGCUGUUUUGACAUUUCUGAACAUCUUUAUGGCAAUCGAAGUUCUUGAUUACUUGAAAAAAUACUCAAAAAAAUUAGGAAUCUCCAAAUGUUUUUAUGUGUCUCUAGCGCCGUUAGUAAUCAGCUCGACCAGAUCUUCAGUCGCUAAUAUUUAUGAAAUUAAAACGAGCACACAUCGGUUAUCAGUGCCUUCUGUUCCAGUUGAGAACAACAAUGAUAAUAACAAUAGCAAUAACCACAAAAGCAACAUCAGUGAUGCCAACACACACAACAGUAAUAAUAGCACUAGAGCUUCCCUAUACGGAAACUCUAAUGUAAGCUUAGCCAGUUUGCCAUCAUCUGUCUCCUUAAACGAAGAGAUUGACAUUCUUACUACAAAACUUCAAGGAAUACAACUUGAUGGAACUGAUUUAGAAAUCAACUAUCAUGACUAUCAAACACCAACUGUUCAUGAACAUUCUACUCACUUGAGUAAUGUCAAAAUUUCCAAAACCGUAGAAAACUCUAGGCAGUUCCCCCACGAUAUCCCAUCGCCUUUGCCACUGAAUGAACGGAUGUUUAUGAAUGAUUCUAAUCACUCUAAUGGAUCCAUAGUACCUCAACAGUUGAUGGCCACGCCUUCUCCGGUAUCUUCUACUAUCCAGAUGAACCAAAGAGUGCUACCAAACCCAAUAACACAAAGUUUGGAGCAAAAUUUUAACGUUUCAGCUAAAGUGGCAUCAUCUAUGGGCUCAGAUGUUGGCAAUAGAACGAUUUAUAUAGGAAAUAUCAAUCCAAGAUCAAGAGCGGAGGAUAUCUGUAAUGUCGUCCGAGGAGGGAUCCUUCAGAGCAUUAAAUACAUGCCAGAGAAAAGAAUAUGCUUUGUUACUUUCAUAGAAGCUCCUUCUGCUGUACAAUUUUAUGCGAACUCUUUUAUUGAUCCAAUAGUAUUACAUGGUAAUAUGCUAAGAGUAGGGUGGGGACAUUAUUCCGGUCCGUUACCAAAAUCAAUAUCCUUGGCUGUUACAAUCGGAGCAAGUAGAAAUGUCUACGUAAGUUUGCCCGAGUUUGCCUUCAAGGAAAAGUUUAUUCACGACCCUCAGUACAAAAAAUUGCACGAAACAUUAUCUUUACCAGAUGCGGAACAAUUAAGAGAAGAUUUCAGUACCUAUGGUGACAUUGAGCAAAUUAAUUAUUUGAGUGAUAGUCAUUGCUGUUGGAUAAACUUUAUGAAUAUAUCGUCUGCGAUCAGUCUUGUUGAAGAAAUGAAUAAGGAAUCCACGGCACAUAAUGAAGACGGUGAAAUGACACACAAAACGGCGACUGAAAAAAAAUUCGGUGGCCGCUAUGAAGGGCUUUUGAUAAACUACGGUAAAGAUCGUUGUGGUAAUAUAAACAAAAAUCUGGUAGCAGGUAAAAAUUCAAGGUUUUAUAAGAAAGUUAAAAGGCCAAGCUAUAAUAUACGUUUGAGUAAACUGGAAGAAAGAAGGAGACAGAAUGAAAACGAUAAGAAGGAGAGAGCAUUUGACAAAGCUUUAAACCUAGAGUCACUAGGAAUAAGUCUGGACUCACACAAGGACAUUGGUAUUGGUGAAAUAGAAAACAAAAAUUGUAUUGGGCGCGAGAUCGAGAAUGAGGCGGAGGCUGUAAAUAGGAGUAAUGAAACCGUAGGUAUAGGUGGACUAGGCCUUGGAGUAGCAAGCUCCGAGGUGAACCGUGCGGCCUCAGAUGAAACCGAUUAUGAAGACCUAUUUAACAAAUCCUCUGGGUCUUCCGAUUCGUCAUCAGAUAUAGAAGUCAUAAUGCACUCCCCAAGCGACCCUGAAUAUGCUUUAAAAUCGCAGACUUUGAGAAGUUCAAGCCAGACCGUUAUUAAUAGUAAGAGGCCAGUGAAAGCAGAAGAUGAGGAAGAUGCUGUAGAAAUAUCCCAGUUCAACCAUAAAUCAUCACUAAGACACGCUCCACCAAGGGCUCCAUCAACCUUGUCCUAUAAUCGCUCGAAAAAGAACGAAACUCCAAUUCGUGACAUUGUGCCAAAUGGUGAAACAACGAGUAACAGAAAAAAGAAUAGAGGUUCUUUUCCGAGGCAUAGAACGAUACCAGGAUCCGAUGUCAUGGCGCAAUAUCUUGCACAAGUACAGCAUUCGACGUUUAUGUAUGCUGCUAAUAUUCUGGGUGCUUCUGCGGAAGACAACACACAUACUGAGGAGUAA